GAUUGGUCAACACUUGUCAGGCGAGUGCGAUGGUGUGAUGCUUGUCUUACGAUUCAACACCGUGCGAUUGUGCCGGUAGUAUAGUAUUUUACUGUUUGGACAACAAUUACUUGACAUAAUAUCGUAGUCUGGCAGUUGGAACGCUUCGAGCUGAGAUAUACCAAUAUGGCUACAGUGCAGCAGUUGAUUAUCCGUGGAACAGUGUUAUUCAGUAUUGGAGUAUUCUUUGCACUUGUUCUGAAUUUAUUGCAAGUCCAACGUCAAGUCACAGUUUUUCCCCCUGAGGUUCUAGCCAGUCUUUUCUCUUCGGCAUGGUGGGUGCCUCCGUCAUGUGGAACAGCAGCAGCUGUGAUAGGUUUGCUGUAUCCGUGCCUUGAUCACAGGCUUGGGGAGACUCCAUCCUUCAAGCGGGAAUGGUCAAGUGUGAUGCGAUGUGUAGCAGUCUUUGUUGGAAUCAACCAUGCAAGUGCAAAAAUUGACUUUGCCAACAACCUGCAGCUAUCUCUGUCACUUGCUGCUAUGUCUAUUGGACUGUGGUGGUUGUUUGACCGGUCCAGGAGCGGAUUUGGACUUGGAGUGGCCAUUGCAGUACUUGCAACAUUUGUAGCUCAACUUCUAGUCUAUAAUGGAGUUUAUCGGUACACAGAGCCAGAUUUCCUGUUUGUAAGGUCAUGGCUGCCAUGUGUAUUCUUCUCAGGCGGAGUAACAAUGGGCAAUAUUGGACGACAACUUGCAAUAGAUGACAGCAAACAAAAAGAAGAGUGAACUGUUGUCCAGAAUCUCAUGAGGUUUAAAUUCUCCUGAUGACCAACUCAGUGACUUAUCUCUGCUGAUGGACCAUCGUGCACUGUUCUUGUGAUAUGAACACCAUCUCAAGCUGUCCGCCGUGACUGACAGGUGUCAUCAUAGAAACUGGCGUAAUUGACCAGACAGCUGUGUCGGUUGUGUGGAUCCAAGGAUCGAGAUGGUCCUAAUGUGAUAUGUCGACGGAUUUAGAACAGAUAAAUGGCAUGGCCUAAUCCGAUUCUUGGGUGUGAUGUAGCUUGUGGAAGAUUGCAGAUCAUACACAUCUGAGACUCUUCUGUUCAUUUUGUGUGAAGCUUACAGAACAUUGAACUUGAGAGAGUGUAUGCAGUCAUCAAAUCAACUUUUAAUACAUGUCACGAUAUGUUAUUUCAUCAUAUUCAUCCAUCAUUGUUAUCAAUGUUCAAAAUUAAAGUGGGUCCUUGAGGUCUUCUUUGGUAUUUGAAUCUUGGAAUCCUUAAAUAUUUACAUUUUAACAUUACACUGGGUUUCAAAGUUGCUUGUAGUUGACAUGUUGUUAAACAUUAACACUGCUCUUUCUAGAAAUCAGAAAUAUGCAAGUAAGAAGAGCGCAAAAUUUUGUUUUCAGAACAAGCCUAGUCUCUGACUUUAACGAAAGUUAAAGCAGUAGUUCAACUGUUUAGUUUUAUUCCAGUUUUAACAGAUUUUCAAUAAUCUUUGUGUACAUAAUUUUACUUUAAAAUGUUAAUGAGUUCAGCAUAUAAGGAAGUUUCUAAUAUAUUUUCCAUGUGACAAGCUGAACAAGCUCUUUCACCUAGUUCCAAAAAAUAACCCCAUGUUAUGUGAUGGAAUUCAUUGUAAUUGAAGCAAUGUUUUCACGAGAUGAAUUCAGCGUACACUAAUGCCAUUCCAUGGUGACUGCAUAUGGCAAAUGUAAAAAGUGACAUAUAUUUUAACUACUAUAAAUUUGUUGAAUUUCAUAUUGAAUGUAUGCAAGCAUUUGUGUAAUUUAUUUAGUUUUGAAAGUUUGUUGACAUGGCUCAGGAAUUUAUUUCUAAUAUCCAAGGAAAAGUAGAAAAAUACCAGUAUCUUCUGUUCUUUCAUUAAUCUAUAAAUUUGUUAACUGUCAUAUUUCGUCUCACUUUCUGAUUUUAUUGUAAAGAAAAAUUGUAACAGAUGUACAAAAUUGAUGUUCUUUACAUUGAUCUCAAAAACUGAGGCUCUUGAAAGAGAUUGCACUCAAAGGGACACAACUCUGCCUCAAAUUGUAUUGAAAGGGAUGUUACUCUUCCACUGAAGUUGCCAGGGCUAAAACCAUGCAAUAGGGCAACAGACUGUGCAAUAUCAGCUUGUUGGAUUAUUCUUGUAAAUAACAACCUGUUUAUGUGUGAUAUCAAAAUUUGAUUGAAAUUACAAUGUGAAAUUAAACUAUAUCAUCCUCUCAUUGUUUGAUACCCAUUCCAUAGUAUAUCAGGUUUUGGUAUGAAUGUUGAAAUAACAUUUUAAAAAAUGUUGAUAAACAGUGCUGCAUGUUUUUAUCAUUUUAUGUGUAAUUAUGGUAAUUGCAAUAGGCAUAAAUAAGUAGACCCCAUUUUUACCACUUUUUUGCAAGUAAAUGAAGUGUUCUAAAAUAUCAAAAUCUGAAAGCCUUUCGAGGCAUUUUGCCAAAGAUAAGAGCACUAGAAUCUCACAAUUGCAAAGAUUUGAACCAGUUCAUUGGAUUUCUGGAAUUAAGGGGUUGGGGAAAGUACUAUAACUCUCAUUGACCUGGUGUCAGGCCUUUUCCCCUGGAUUAUAAAUCAAGAGCGGGUAGCUCCAUUAGUCAACCUGAAGUCCCCCAACCCCCUCCAAAUAAAUUAAAUCAUGUGGGGCCAAAUUCCCUUAAAGAACUGAAACAAAACCAUUUUUAUUGGCCCUAUGGAAAAAUGUAGUCUACCUUCAAAUGUCCUUCUUUUUUUUUAAACAUUACACUCCUCGCUGUUAAAUGGUACUCACUACUGUACUAAUGGUUACUUGCAUAUGCAUAAUCUGGACAAUUUCUUACAUGGUGUUACAGAUGUACAAAUUGUAUAGAAAGAUUUUCUGAAUCGUUACCUUGAAAGCAGUGUGUUUUUGUCUAUCAUUAAACAAAACAGGAAGGUCCUGAAGGAGGGGUUCUGGACUGAUAAGGUAUUACUGUAUAUCAGUGUUUAUACUUGUAAAUAUGGAUAGAAUAGGUCUUCAGUGACCCAUGCUUGCCAUAACAGGUGACUAUGCUUGUUGUAAGAGGCGACAAACGGGAUCGGGGUGGUCAGGCUCACUGACUUGGUUGAUGCAUGUCAUCGUAUCUCAAUUGCGUCAAUCGAUGCUCAUGAUGCCAAUCACUGGAUUGUCUGGUCCAGACUCUAUUAUUUAUAGACCGUCACAUAUAGCUGGAAUAUUGCUGAGAGCGACAUUAAUCAACAAACAAACAUGGAGUUACAUAUUUUCUUUUCGAAAAGGAUAUAUUGAUAAUUAGUUGGAGGAGAUGCUCAUGUGUGUGAUACAGACUAAAUGUUUGUUGUGUAUGAUGGGUGUGUGAUGCAGCAGUGUGUAUUUAAUUUCCCUGUAUGUAUAUAUGUAAAUAUUUGUAAGUAAAUCUUGCCAUGAAUAAUUAUGUUCACCCUGGGCAAAUAAAUAUGACCACAACUCAAA